GACUUCGGGGUGAGGUGGUUAGAAAUCGUCAGCUAGGGAAGGGUAAGUGAACCCAUACACUGCACAUGCUCUGAGAAAUAUAUCUGUGCAAUUAAGAAUUUCUUACAAAACUACUUCACAUCCCUGAUUAUAUACGCGUUGUGGAAACCAGAAGGCAGUUAACCGUGCAGAGAGGAAACGGCUUGCACUGAACAGUCAUAAAUGGCCGAUGCAGUGGUUUCUAUUGUUGCAGAAAGGCUUGGAGAGCUGUUAAUUUCUGAAGCCACAUUGCUACGUGGAGUGAGUGACGAAAUUAAAAAAGUCGAGCGCGAGCUGGAAAGAAUGCAAUGUUUUCUAGAAGAAGCUGAUAUUAUACAAAAUCGAGACAAAAGAGUACGAAAAUGGGUGGCAGAAAUAAAAGAGCUUGCUUUUAAAAUAGAAGAUGUUAUUGAGACUUUCGCAAUGGAUGUCGCAAACAAGCAGCCAAGAUCGUGCUUGAUGCAGAUGUUAAAAAAAGUUGCUUGCUUUUUGUGUGAAUUGAAGAGUCGUCAUGAUAUUGCUACUGAGAUCAAUGAUAUAAAGGAUAAGCUCGUUGAACUUACUGCAUGUCUACAAAGAUAUGGUAUUACAAAAGGUUUAGAAGAAGGGACAACCUCGAAUUCACUUGUCAAUCUCAGGAGCCGUAGGAUUUUCUAUUCUCAUGAUGUCGAUAAAGACUUUACUGGGAUGAAAGAGGAUAUAGACAAAUUGAUCCCUCAAUUGAUGGAAGCUGAUAAUGAUUGUGAAGUUAUUUCAAUUUGCGGAAUGGGAGGUCAAGGAAAAACUACUCUUGCUAAAAGACUUUACAAUCAUGCAACAAUUAGAGCUCAUUUCAAAGCUUUUGCUUGGGUUUGUAUCACUCAACAAUUUGAUAGACAAAAAGUUUUCAGGAGAGUUUUAAAAGAACUUGGUAACAAAGAAGUUUCAGAGAAGAUGACUGUUGAAGAACUGGUGGGAGAACUCUACAAACUUCAAAAAGAAACAAAUUGUCUGGUAGUUAUUGAUGAUAUCUGGACAGUUGAUUCCUGGAAAAUCCUAAAGCCCGCAUUUCCGAUUGGGGAGACUUCUAGCGGUAGCAAAAUUCUACUCACAACUCGUUAUCAGAAUGUGGCUAAUACAGGUCAGAUGCAUAAAGUGAUCGGAUUGACAGCAGAUGAGGGUUGGGAACUUCUUUCGAAGAAAGCAGGAAUACAUAACCUUCCAGAAGAAAUGGAUGCCUUGAAAAGCAUAGGAAUGAACAUGGUUAAAAGAUGCAAACUUUUACCACUGGCAAUUUCGUCACUAGGAGGAAUUCUUAAAGGCAAAUCGUUAAGAGAGUGGGAGAAAAUAAACAAAGAUAUUUCUUUCUACUUGGCUAAAGGUGAAAGAGUAGCUAAUGAUGAUGAAUACUACAAUGUGAGACAGGUUUUGGGAUUGAGUUAUGAUAGCUUACCUCCUGUUUUGAGGUAUUGUUUUCUUUGUUUCGCCAAUUAUGAGGAGGAUGAAGUAAUAAGCACCGAAGAUUUGUACAUGUACUGGAUGGCAGAAGGUCUAAUCUCAGUAGACGAUAAAGCAAAAGGCGACAUGAUGUUGGAUGUAGCGGAACGCUAUCUGGAUGAAUUAGCACACAGAAGUCUUGUUCAAGUUGAAACAAGGGAAUUCGAAGGAGAGUACUGGUCAAAGUAUAAAACUUGCCGUAUUCAUGAUCUUAUUCGAGACUUGUGCUUGUCUAAAGUAGAGGAGGAAAAGGUCAUUAAUGCUAUUCAUUUUCCGAAAAAAACUGAGGAUGAGAGCCAAGCAAGUAUUGAACCCGCGUUGUGUAUUCGUCCCCCCGGUGACAAGAAUGUAUUCCGACCAAGCAUUGUGCGCAGAUUGUACAUUCGUUCUUACUAUAAUGUGAAUACAUCAAUGAUAAAACCUUACGAUCAACAUGUGAUUUCACAUAUCCGAUCUCUCUUGAUAUGGAAAGGUUACAUAUAUGGAAUUCCAGGAGUGUGGCCAGAAGACAUCCUUUGUCUGAAGAAAUUCAAGCUGCUUAGAGUAUUGGUAGUGAAUGGUUACGAGUUUAAAGAAGCAAAUCAGAAGCAAAUCAGAAGCAUAUCUAAGCUAGUCUACCUAAAGUAUCUGAGUUUACGUCAUUGUUCUUUGAAAGAGUUGCCAUCGACGAUAGGUAACCUUAGAAAUCUGGAAACCCUUGAUCUGAGGCUGGACGCGGACGAAGCUAGAAUUCCCGAUGUGCUUUGGAGACUGACCAAGUUAAAGCACUUGUACCUUCCAGCUUAUAAACUUUCACCAGAAACAAAAUUAAAAAAGUUGAAACUAAAAGGGUUGAAUGAGUUGGAAUUUAUAAGGAAUUACAACUCAGACUACUGUGAUGCAUCUGAUCUCCCUGCAUUAGCAUCACUCAAAGUGUUUGAUGGAAAAUUCAUUGUAAAUGACAAGUUCACGAUGGAAACUGUUGAUUUCACCCGGUCCAAGCAAAUGCGGCACACAACUCUCCAUAUUGAAGGCGAAGGAGAAUCUUCUUUGGCAUUAUUGUUACAAUGUCAGUUCAUUGAUGAUUUAACAGUAAAAAUGACAUGUAUAAUUCCAGAGGCGUAUGACCACACUCGCACUCAUUUAUCUGAGCGUCUCACCAAACUAUGCAUGUAUGAAUGUGAUAUGGAGAAGGACCCAAUGACACUACUGCAGAAGCUUCCCAACCUACGCCAUCUCUCUUUGGGAUAUAGAGCGUACUGGGGAAAAGAAAUGGUGUGUUCGAGUAUGGGUUUCCCUAAACUUCAAGGAUUAAAGUUAAUGUAUCUUAUUAACUUAGAAACGUGGAGGGUGGAUGAAGGAGCCAUGCCUAAUCUCUCUUCCUUGGAGGUUUCCGGCUGCCAAAAAUUAAAGAUGCUUCCCGAAGGGUUGAGCCACCUUAAAGCCUUAAAAUCCCUCAAGAUGUCGUCGAUGCUUAAAAGCUUCACAGACAGGAUCAAGGAAGUAGAUGGUGCCCGAGGACAAGAUAUGGACAAAGUUAGUCAUAUUCCUAAUAUUAUUAUUACCAUCUGAAGGUGUCAAGUUUAUUUAUUUGCCUGUGUUUAAGGAUAAUAAUGUUUGUUUUGGUUUGUAUAAACAAGUUAUAUACUCUGUAAGUUUAUAAUUUGCGAAUGAAUUUUCUGAAUUUAUUUUCA